UAAAAUCUAUCUCCACAGAGUCAGGUAGCUCAGAGAUGAAGAAACCAACAUUUAUGGAUGAGGAAGUCCAAAGUAUCCUCAUCAAGAUGACAGGCUUAGACCUGGAGAAGAUUUUUAAGCCAGCCAUACAAGAGCUGAAGCCGCCAACCUAUAAGCUGAUGACCCAGGCACAGCUGGAAGAGGCGACCAGGAAGGCGACUGAGGUAGCCAGAGUACAGUUAAAAAUGCCACCAGUUCUGGAAGAACGAACACCAAUAAAUGACGUACUAGCAGAGGACAAGAUUUUGGAAGGAACAGAAACAAACAGAUAUGUGUUUACCGAUAUAUCCUACAGCAUACCACACCGGGAACGCUUUAUUGUUGUCAGAGAACCAAGUGGCACACUGCGCAAAGCCUCUUGGGAAGAAAGGGACCGGAUGAUACAAAUUUAUUUCCCAAAACAAGGCCGUAGAGUUCUGCCACCAGUAAUUUUCAAGGAAGAGAACAUUAAGACCAUGUACAACCAGGACCGGCACGCUGAUGUCCUCAAUCUCUGUGUUGCCCAAUUUGAACCAGAUUCCAAAGAGUAUAUCCAAAUUCAUCACCAGACCUAUGAAGACAUAGACAGACACGGCAAGUAUGACCUGUUACGCUCAACAAGGCACUUCGGUGGAAUGGCCUGGUACUUUGUCAAUAAGAAAAUGAUUGACGGUUUGCUGAUUGACCAGAUCCAGAGAGAUUUAGUUGAUGAUGCCACCGGCCUGGUUCAGCUCUAUCACAUGCUCCAUCCAGAUGGCCAGUCAGCCCGGGAGGCCAAAGAGCAGGCUGCUGAGGGAGUAAACUUAAUUAAGGUGUUUGCAAAAACAGAAGCACAGAAGGGAGCCUAUCUAGAGUUAACACUACAAACUUACCAAGAAGCCUUCGUAAGCCAAUCAGCAGCUUCCUGAAGAUAUGUAAGAAGAUACAUUUCACUAAAUAUGUCCUCUUUUUAAAAUGUUCUUUUGUAGUUUUCUAUAAUUUUCUUUCUAAAAGUAUAAACUGUUGCUCUACAUAAUAAAAGACAGCACAGAAAGUGUAUACAAGAGAAGCAGCUUGCUAAGACUAGACAGUCGCUGACUGCAGAAAUGUUCCAGAAAAUACUGGACACGAGUCAGGGGAUACUAAGCUCCCUGGCCAGCCAAGCUGCACAGACCACAGCAGAUUUCCCUUGUUCAGAAAGGAGGAAACAAGUUUUUCAUUGAUUCAAAAGGUGUUUAUGGGAUAUGGUCUAACAAAGAAACAUAGUAAUUUAAAUGCUGCACAUAAAUUCCUCAAGAGGAGGAGGCUGAGCUGACCCUUUGGGCUGACUGCGCUUACAUACAAAAAUUGAGGGAGUUUCUCAGAGUUCUGAGCACUGAGGUGAGGGUGAGGAUCAAUGCCUUUAUAUAAUAAUAAAAGGAGUAAGAUUACAUCAGUC